AUGAGCGUACGGCUCAUUCCCUCGUGCCCCUUCCUCCCCAUCCUUCUCUCCCCUGCAGUAUUCGCGCAGCUCAUGCAAGUGGUGCGAGAGCAGUAUGGAGGCAGCAUGCAGCGGUGGAUGCAUGCCGCAGUUGCCGCCACAGGGGGGCAUACCGGCACGGAGUGGGGGAGCGGUGGUGUGGGGCAGGAAGCAGGACAGAGCAGAGGGGACAGAACAGGGCAGAGAGAGAGGGCGGGGAACGGUGGGAGAGAGGGGGAAGAGGGCAUGAGGGGGAGCGGAGGGAAUGCACAGUGCAGGGGGGAAAGGGAAGGGGCGAGGGGGAUGGGGGGAGGCGAGAAUGGGGAGGGAAGAGGGGCGAUGGGACUGGGGUGUGCUCAGAGGGUUGGGACAGGUGGUGCUGGUGGGGUUGUGGAGCAGCAGAGAGCCAAGAGGAGGCGGGUGGAGCGUGGGGAGAUGGAUGGGCGGGAGGUGGGGGGAGAGCGGGCGCAUGUGUUAGGUCGGGAGGGGGGAGAGGAGGCGGAGGGGGAGCGGGUGGGGAGGGAAUUGGAGGGGGAUGCUUGUGGGGGUAAUGGCGAGGGCGACUGUGUGGAGUGGUUGGGAGAAGAGGGGGACGUGAGAGGAGAGCAGGAGGGGGGCGUGGGAGGGGGGCAAGAGGGGGGUGCAUGGGACAGUGGAGAUGAUGGGGGAGGGGAGAGAGGGAGAGGCGGAGGAGGAGUGGGAGGAGACAAGGCGGUGAGGGGAGGGGGAAGUGGGCGGGGGAGGGGCGCGGAGGAGGAAGGGGGGAAGGGGGAGGGGGAGAGGGGGGGGAUGAAGGGGAGGGGUGCGUCUCUCUCGCGCAGGCUGGCUCUGUCCAAGUGGAAACGAAUCCAGCCGGAGCAGCUGAGGGGUUCAGAUGCAUGUGAGCUGGCAGCGACGUACCGCAUGGCUCUGGAGGCUGCCGGCAUGGCCGCAGGGCAAGGGGGUGGUGGUGCGCCUCAUGCCGCUGCUAGCGCUGUUGGUGCUAACGCUGGUGGUGCUAGUUCUGUUACUCAGUCCGCUGUAGCUGGUAGCACAAGUGAGGGAACGCAAGGGGCACAAGGGGCAGUGCAGGGAGCACGAGGAGCAGAGGGGGGCCAAGGGGCACAACAGGGAGCACACGCAGCAGGGGGAGCAGAGGCGGGUGGCGGGUUGCUGGGGACGCCGUGGGAGGAGCUGACAGUGGCUCAGAUGGAGCAGAUGCUACAGGAGACGAAAAGGCUGAUAGCAGCGAGUGAAAGAGCACACAUCUGCCCACACACGGGCUGCCCCCGCAAGUUCGCCACACCGGGGUCACUCAGAGACCAUCUGAACGAGCACUCGGGGCAGCGCCCCUACCAGUGCUCCGUGGACGGCUGUGGCGAGCGCAUGGCCACACGGCAGCUGCUGGGCCGGCAUGUCAAGAAGCACGAGUGCUUGCACGCCUGUGCGGUGCCGGGGUGUGGGAAGCGGUUUGCGUUCAGAGAACGGCUGGUGGUGCAUCAGCGCACGCACAGCGACGAGCGGCCAUUGCAGUGCCCGUGGGAGGGGUGUGAGAAGACGUUCAAGUGGACCAACUCGCUGCACGGCCACCUGCGCACGCACACGGGGGAAAAACCCUUCCACUGCUCAAGCUGCCUGCGUGCGCACACAGGGGAGAAGCCCUUCCAUUGCCGCGCCAACUACAUUCCUAGCCACCUGUCUUGUAGUGUGCUGCCAUGCCUUCACUGCUAUCCAUUCUCGUCCCAUCAAGAGUUCUCCCGCGGAAAGCCCGUCCCCAACACCUCCCUUGCUCGCCUUCCUCCCCUCCCCUGCAGCUUCACCGAGUGUGGGAGGGCGUUUGGGUACAAGGUGGACCUCACACGCCACCUGCGCACACAUUCCCCUUCCCACCUUGCUUUCUCCCUUUCCCCUAACCUCCUCCCUCAACCCCCUCCGUUCAGCCUUUUACCCAUUUUCCUCCCCUCCUAA